CCCCCCAUGCUGUUUUUUUCCCCUCCUCCUUUGUCAACUGUGGUUUUGAGGGAAGGGAAUGAAUAUUCGUAGAGUGUUGCUUACGUUCUACUUAAUCUGGGACCGACUGGCACGCCUCUCUUCACUCUUUACCUCACGACGAAUGAAAUAUACGUCCGGCGUUACGCGUUUAGUCACAGAGAGAUGUCCGAGGAUGCGCAUCAAUACCUUAUUCUUCUCUUUUCUCUCCCACGGAGCCCGUCUUUGAAUGUUUUACCCUGAGCAUGAAUGGGGCUGCUUGAGGAUAUACGACCCUUUUCAUCGCCGCCGCCGGCGGUUUUUAAGGCAAUAAGGAGCCCAUCGAUAUUUAAACACAUGAGCAAAAAGCGUUAAGUGUUUAUGACGGGCGUUACGGGGCUACUACGCAAAGACAUCGCGGCUUAUGGAGAUUUUUUUCUUUUGUUGAAAUUUUCAGCAUGCUCUCACACAGCUUAAUAUAAGCUGUGCCUUUGUUGGUUGGAUUAAACCAGACUGCAUCAUCUAAAUGAAGUUACCCAGCCAUGCAAUGUUCCUGGAAGGCUUUGAUUCUGCUUGCAUUGGUCUCAAUAGCGAUCCAAUACACAGCAAUCAGGACUUUCACAGCCAAGCCUUUUCAUAUGUGCCCGGUUGCUAACCCUUUGAACUGCGGCUUGGGACUGGAUGUGGAGCCCUUCGAUCGGACGUGUGAUGAGUACCCGUAUUUCAAUUACAAUUCCUCCAGGAAGAUUCACAUCCUCAUCUUGGCGACCACCCGAAGCGGCUCGUCUUUCGUUGGACAGCUGUUCAACCAGCACUCAGAUGUGUUCUAUCUUUUUGAACCAAUCUAUCACAUUCAAACUACCUUAAUCCCUCACCUUUCUCCCAGCAGAUAUGCUGUCGAGCGCAGGGUGAUGCUGGGAGCCAGUCGUGACCUUUUGAGAAGCUUGUACAAUUGUGACUUGUAUUUCUUGGAGAGUUACAUCAAACCGCUGCCUGCGAACCACACCACGGACAAACUCUUUCGACGAGGAGCCAGCAAAGCCCUUUGCUCAAUGCCGGUCUGUGAUGCCUACAGCCCCAGCGAAGGCAAUAUAGAUGAGGGGGAUUGUGUUCGAAAGUGUGCCUCCCUCAACUUGACCCUAGCUACUGAAUCGUGUCGAGAAAGACGCCACGUGGCCAUUAAAACAGUGCGCAUACCGGAGGUCAGUGACCUCAAGGCGCUAAUCGAAGACCCUCGGCUUAACCUGAAAGUGAUCCAGUUGGUGAGGGACCCACGUGGGAUAUUAUCUUCACGGAUUGAAACCUUUAGGGACACGUACCGCCUGUGGCGAAUCUGGAGAGCCACAGGGCGUAAACCCUACAACUUGGAUUUGAGCCAGCUCACAACAGUGUGUGAUGACUUCCUGAACUCAGUGUCCACAGGCUUAAGCCGGCCGCCAUGGCUUCGGGGAAGGUACAUGCUAGUGAGGUAUGAGGACCUGGCAAGGAACCCACUCCAAAAAACCAAGGAGGUUUACGAAUUCCUGGGUCUUUCUAUGGAAAAGAGCGUGGUGGACUGGAUACACAAUAACACCAGAGGUAAUAAUGAUUUGUCAGCAAAGCAUAAGUAUGGAACAUUGAGGGACUCAGCGGCCAAUGCGGAAAGCUGGAGGUUGAAACUGUCUCAUGACAUAGUUGAUUACACGCAAAAUGUUUGUCAGCACAUUUUAGACGAGCUAGGCUACAAAGCUGUCAACUCCCCCGAGGAGCUGAAAAACAUGUCACUCUCACUCAUUGAGGACAAAACCUUCAUUCCUUUUUUGUAACAAAGGUAACGGUGUGCAUGCACGGCUAUUUUUUUACAUUUAUAUUUUUGCCUUAAUGUAAUUGACAUUUGCACUAUGAACUGUUUUUGUACUUUGGAGACCCCCUACACAGUCACCCUAUGAUUUUCUGACCAGCACAAGAACCAAAACACUUAGCUGUAAAGAGAUCGGAACUUGAACUUUAAUGCUCAUUAUUUAUAUACUGGAACAGAGCACCACACUAUUGAAGAAAAUUUCUGUAUGCUGGUCAUUGCUUCGACAAAAGUGAAUGUGAAGGACCCAAAAACUAUUUUCAAGAAAAGCAGACCUAAUGUGGACUGAAAUGCUGUCAUGUAUAAUAACAGCCGUGCAAUAAAAUUGUGAAUGUUACGGUCCAGACUAUUUCUCAGGUUGUUUCUCAGUGUAAAUUCUUGACUGCCACAAUUAGGAAUGAAGUUUAAAGGAAUAUUUUGGUUUCAGUACUAGUUAACUCAAUCAACAGCAUUUGUGGCACAAAAUUCAUUACCAAAAAAAAGUAUUUUGACUUGUCCUUCCUUUUCUUUAAAAAAAAGCAAAAGUCUGGUUAUAGUGAGGCACACACAGUACAAUGAAUUUGAAUUGGGCCAAUCCGUAAACGUUAAAACACUCACUGUUUCAAAAGUAUAGUCACUAGAUGUAAACAGUGUGCAUGUUAACAUGAUAUUCUGUGCAAAGUUACAUCCAGUUUUACAACAUAAACCCUAAGACUCCUGUAAAAAUUAUGAUUUAAACAAUUGUACAGCUCAAAUAAUACACAAGUUUUUAAAGUGCUUUUAUCAAAUUAUAAGUGUCACAUUUCUGCCAUUAAACCCCUUAAAAAUACUUCCAUGGUAAGUGUCUCAAUUUACCUUUUUGUUUUUGUUUCAAGAAAAGGAGGGAACUUCAAAGUUAUCAUUAGUCAAAAUUAUUUUUGUGGUAAUCAACUUUAUGCCACAAAUGCUGCUGAUUGAGCUUAAUUUGUAUUGAACAUCCCUUCAGGAUUGUAUAUGACUUGCUUUGCUUUUAGAAUGCAUAAUGAAUUGGUGCUGUAACCAGGGGGAAAAAAUUAAAAAUGGGGUAACCAAAAGUAAA